AUGGCCAGUGACGAGAAAUCAAAGAUCCCGUUCGAGGACUGGGACCACCAUUCCUCCGAGCGAGAGACCUCCCUGUCUCCAGCUACGGAUACUUCAACUGAGAUCGGGGAACCGCCCCAAUACGAGCCCCCGCAGACCAGAGCCGAAGGGAGCUCAUCAGGAGCGAGAGCUGCACAAGCAUUAUCUCCUGACCGUGACAAACCCAUUGCAAUCCCGGCCAUUGAUGCGGCCAAUGAGUCGCCGUUUCUCCGCGCCUAUGCGCCCAUCUUGAGCAAGCACAAGCUCCCCAAGGACUCAUUUCUUACCUUCCUGGAUCAACUCAAUGAUGCUGUUGCCACCAGCCCACCGAUGCAGGUGCUCGAUGCAACAGGUGGCGUGCUCCAAUCCGUUCCAAUCCUAUUUCCCAUUAGAUGGAUUGGCUCCGCUGUCAGCGAAUUGGCAAAUCUUGGCGGGCACGGUAUUUCCAAGGGCCGUUCUGAUUCAGCGAUUCGGCGAGCAAACAAAGACAUUUUUGGGCCGCGCGGGCUGAAGGUCGAGAUUGCUAAGCUCGAUGCCGUUGCCCAUAUUGCUCAGAUUCCUAUUCUCGAUUCCCAGGGCAAAGUAAACCGGCAAGCACCUCUUUUUCAACAACUAGAGAAGCUAUCCAAUACUCCCACGGACCGGCGCAAGAGCUUGACCUGCAGCAGCAACGCAUCAGACUCUUGGAGCCGUGGAUCGCGGAACUCGAGCUGGAGAUUUUGCCUUGGACUUCCAAAUCUAGAUUGA